UUCGUUUAGAACUCGACGUUGGAACUCGACGUUGCGUCAUAGGCUCGCGACAGUAACUCCCAGCUCAGCUGCUGUUAUGUUCUGGGGGAAGAGGCCCCGCCCACAGUCAGCGAUUAACUUCCGGUCAGCAGAGACAUGGAGCCCGGCGGGCAGGGUGAGAGGGGGACACGCCCGGAGGGUAACGGGUUACAUUCAGUAUGGGGGGCGUUAAAACAGUCACCUUGGGACACACUGGGCAAUCAGCCGCCAUGACGGACAUCGAGCUCUGUAUAGGGAGAGCUGUCACAGCAAGGCUUCAAUUAAUGGGAGUCAGUGAGAGCUGUGUCAGACUGGGGGUCAGUGAGCUGUGUGUCAGACUGGGGGUCUGAGGCUGUGUCAGACUGGGGGUCAGUGAGAGUCCAGUCAGUGAGAGCUGUGUCAGUCAGGGUCAGUGAGAGCUGUGUGUCAGGGAGGGUCAGUGAGAGCUGUGUCAAUCUGGGGAGGUCAGUGAGCUCAGUCUAGAGGGUCAGUGAGCUGUGUCAGUCUGGGGAGGGUCAGUGAGAGCUGUGUGUCAGUCUGGGGAGGGUCAGUGAGAGCUGUCAGUCUGGGGGUCAGUGAGAGCUGUGUCAGUCUGGGGAGGUCAGUGAGAACUGUGUCAUUCUUCAGGAGGGGGGGGGGUCAGUGAGAGCUGUGUCAAUCUGGGGAGGGUCAGUGAGAGCUGUGUCAGUCUGGGGAGGGGUCAGUGAGAGCUGUGUCAGUCUGGGGGAGGGUCAGUGAGGUGUGUCAGUCUGGGGGGUCAGUGAGAGCUGUGUCAGUCUGGGGAGGGUCAGUGAGAGCUGUGUGUCAGUCUGGGGAGGGUCAGUGAGAGCUGUGUCAGUCUGGGGGGUCAGUGAGAGCUGUGUCAGUCUGGGAGGGUCAGUGAGAACUGUGUCAUUCACAGUGGGGGUCAGUGAGAGCUGUGUCAGUCUGGGGAGGGGUCAGUGAGAGGCUGUGUCAGUCUGGGGAGGGGGUCAGUAUGCCGGUGAGAGUCAGUCUGGGGGGGGUCAGUGAGCUGUGUCAGUCUAGGAGGGUCAGUGAGAGCUGUGUCCAGUCUGGGAGGGUCAGUGGAGCUGUGUCAGUCUACAGGAGGGUCAGUGAGAACUGUGUCAUUCUGGUGGGGGGGUCAGUGAGAGCUGUGUCAGUCUGGGGGGUCAGUGAGAGCUGUGUCAGUCUGGGGAGGAGGGUUCAGUGACAGCUGACAGUCUGGGGGCGGUCAUUGAGAGCAGCAUCACUUUAGACAUUAGACUUAACAAUUGGGGGGCUUUCGCACUGUCAGAUUCACUGGUCUCCUCCAGCAGUUGGGAUGUGCAAUCGCACAGACCUUAAUCAGUUGGGGGUCACUUGCUCCAUUCUAUUAUAACAUUUGGCACUGUCAUGGUGAUUUCAAGGCCCUGUCUCUUUGGGACACUGCUAAAGGUAAAUGUAGCAAUUUCAUUUACUGCCAUGGUGCUUCUAGAUAAAGUUAUGCUAGUGACUCAUUCCUUAUUGCGAUCUGGUGUCAGUGCACUGACUCAAGCAGAGAUACAGUGGAAGUCAUGGCUGGAGUAGAGACACAUAUGCACAGUGGUAAUUGCAAAAAUAAAUAUAUCGCCCUUGUGAAAGUUUGUCAUCAGGAGCCAUGACUGUAUCCCGGGCUAAAAAUGUAAGUCCAAAGGUACUAUCCAGGCCUUGGGUUACUUUUCACUACAAGUUUGACGAGUCCAUGGCAUACUCGCCAGAGGUGAAUUUCUGCUCAGCCUGAUUUAAUUGUCCCUCUCCAAUGACUAGUGAUCAGCCCAGCUUUGUUUUUAGUACGGCUAUUCCAAAAAAACAUUUGAUAUUCACUUUAAAUGAACCUUUUAAGUGAAGAUUGACGAGUAAUAGAAAUGGCCCUGUCACGUUUGGAAACUCAGCCAGGAGCACUAUCCCAUUGAAACACAACACUCACCCUAAACUAGUGCUUUACUAGGUAACGAAUGAUGUCACUUCAAUACGUAUAGUUGACAUUUUACACUACAAUACAAAUGAGCUAUUUAAAGAAACACGCCAUGCACCAAAACCACUGCAGCACACUAUGGUGGAUAUUGGUCCAGAAGUGCCCUGGCAACCCUUCUUUAUAUGGAAUUAAAACGUCUGGAACCAUUUAACUUCUUGCAAUAAAUAAAAAGGAUUUCUAGCGCUUCUGACAAUGUUAGUAGGUAGCUAGGGCAACCCAAGCCAGAGUCCAUUCUUUCUGGCAGUGGGUAAGAUGCAAGAUGAUAAAAGGGUCGCAGCUCUGUGUGGAUGUCUUCUGGUCCAGAUUGUACUCAGUGCAUAUAAAAGAGGAAAGGAGACACAAUAUAGUAUAAUAAGUUCUUAUAUUUGGAGAGGAAUGUAUUGAAAUGCACUUUGAUUUUUUUUUUUUUUUUUUUUGAGCUUCUGAUCAGCUCCAAAUAGUAGCGCUAGGGUUGUAUGAUCCUCGCCAUAAAUAUAGUGGUGCAGCACAAUCUUUACAGGAAGAACUGUGUCGUGGGUAGUAGCAGCUCACCGAUGCAAAUGUAGCAUAAAAGAAAUGUAAAAACGGCCAAUAGUGCUCACUGAUAAGAACAGUAUUAAAAGAAAGAGGCACUCACAAAAGGAGAGCAAAUAGUUGGUUUGCUCAAUCCAGAUAACGUAGGAGGUAUAAUUACCACCAAGGAUGUUUCUGGAGUCCUCUUGAGUAAAAUCUUCCAAAAGCAGUCAGGAGGGUCCGAAGUAGAUAAAAAAUAAAAUAAAAAGUAUACUCCUUUUUUUUUUUUUACAUAAUAAAAUACACUUGACGCGUUUCGCCAAAUUACAGACUUUCUCAAAGUGUUUGACUUCUUACCUCUGGUAUGCUUUGCCCUGCUCCCUGCCUGACACACUGACUUGUAGUGAAGAGAGGGAGCAGCAUCCAGUAGACUCCAGCUAAGAAUUCAAAUCGAUCUCAAACAGUUUGACUCUGUCAAAUGUCAGGUUCUACUCCUUGUCAAUUGGGGGGUUGCCAUGGCACUCCUGGCAGCAUAGCUGCUACACGCCAAUGUAGUGGUUAAAGAGAUACUGUAGUGCCAGGAAUACGAAGUUGUAUUCCUGGCUCUAUUGCUACCCCCUCCCCCUUGCCCCCACCACGCUGGAAAAGAAAUGCAUUACUUUCCUUUUCCUAGCGCUGAUGUCCGUGAGUGCUGGGUUGAUGCUCCUCCUCCAUCCCGCGACGAGCAGGGUCUAAUGCACAGCACGCACUUUAGACCUCCCCAUAGGUAAGCAUUGAAUUAAUUUUUUUCUAAUGGGGGAAAAAAUCUGAUGCUGGAGGUCCGGAUGCAGAGCGUGAGGACGUCCAGCGUCAGAUACCGGACCAAAGGUCUGUUUCAAUUCAGGAAGCCCUCUAGUGGCUGUCUGGUAGACGGCCACUGCGGGCAGACUUAGAGCUGCAAUGUAAACAUUGCUGUUUCUAUGGAAUUGCAGUGUUUUACAUUGCAGCACUAAGUGAAAAAGGGACAGUGCCCCAGACCGCUUCAAUUAGCUGAAAUGGUCUGGAUGCCUACGGUGUCCUUUUAAGGUUCUCGGGUUCUUCUAAAUAAAGCCAAUUAUGGUUUAUGUCCAAAAAUGGGGUGGAGAUGGGAGCCUCUUACAGGGUAGGGAAGACAGCAUAGCCGGGAUGUCAGUAUCUCUUUCCUUCCUUAGUUUCAUUUCCCUGUUAAAUAACAAGGCCCACGAUAACGUUGCUUGUCAAAUAUCCCCUUUGAUGCUGAAACUUCUGUAAACCCCAGAGCCAGACGGGGAAUUAUUGUGAUUAAAGUGCAGCAAAUCUCAAGCAAAUAGAAUGUCGGUUUCUACUAAACAUUUUUACUUUUUCUUUAACCGUGUAAAUCUCAUUAUCUAGAAAUUACUUCCUUCGUCAUUGGAAAACUAUGGCCCCUAUUAACCCAGACCUGUUCUUUGCUUGAUUAAUAUUCUAUUGAAGCAUCCCAUCUCUAUUAGUCCGACAUUAUGAGAUACGUAAUGAAGUUCAUGAACUUUGAUGACGUGCUUGUUGUACGUAUCCAAAAGACAUUGGUGUCGCUGCUGUCAUUCACUUAAUUCUUUUUCUGUCAUUGUUGCUUAUGGGACCGGCCAAGUCACAUAACACAGUUUACCUACACAAUGCUCAGAUCUAUAUUACUGGGACUUGUGCCAGCUGUAUCCCUGUUGAUUGAUACUGUCACUUGUAUGCCUGUUGCUAUACUGUGUCCCAUGCCCGUUGUAUCCCCAUCGCAUGGCUAUUUUCUUUGCCAAUUUUAUCUCCCUCCACCGUGCUAUUUAAGUCCCCCUUGUCCUAUUAUGCUGUCUGAUGUGUCUUCCAUUGCAUGCUGUUGUAUGUGAAUUCAUGUUUUAAUGAUCUGAUCAUAAAUCUCUUACUAUGACAUCCUUCCUGAUGCAUGCGCUAAUUUCUGUUUUUGGAAGGUGCUUUCUGAGUAUAUGUUCCCCUUUACAUGCCUUCCUUGACUUAAUCCUCUAUUGUAAGCUUUUUACUCUCUUGCUUUCUUCCCAAGUGCGUCUUCACGUCUGUUAUCUUCCGUCGCUUAUCUCUGUGGCCCGCUUCCGUCCCUGCUUGCUUGCUCCCCUCCCUGACUCUGCUUCUCCUUCCGGACAGAUAUCAACCUUAACUCUCCCAACAAAGGUUUGCUGCCAGACAACAUGACCGAGGUUCCAGUAGGACCAGGAGGGGUAUGUGCGCCGGCCGACGCUGCUGGGGCUGUGCUACCAGAAGGCCUGACCGAGGCGGAGGCAGAAGAAUUGCGUUCUGAACUUGCUAAGGUGGGUACUCAAUCCUUAGAUCUGCUUUACAAAGAUGUGAAUAAACAGGGAUGCUCCACAGCCAUAUAUGUACAAGCUGUCAUCACCUCUCAUAUAAACACAACUAAUCAUUGAUUAUUUUAUAGAUUGUAAUUAUUAAAUUUGCAAUUCCAUAACAUUUAGCCUUUUGAGUGUAAGAAAUUAGAGCAAUGGACUUAUUUUUCAUAAUAAUGCUUCUUGAUGGAUUUGAAAAAUAUUGAAAUGUUUAGAUUUUUCUUGUGGAUUGAGGGUUAGAGAGGGGCACACUAAGCUCCAUAACCAGUACAGUAUGUAGUAGUGGUUAUGGUGCAAGAAGCUUGUCUAUCGCCCAUUAUUUGUGCAUAUCCAUUCAAAAUUUUAAAGCAAUUAUAGGCUGUGGAGGUUAGGGCCAGCUGAGCCAAGUGAGCAGUCUGUCAUUAAUUUUCAAAUCUAAGAUUGACUUGGCGGGAGAAUGACUCCUCCACUCCUCAGACGGCCACUAGAGGAGCUUCCUAGGUCAGUGCUGCAGUGUGCAGCACUGCGAUUCAGCAUCUCUAUGAGGAGAUCCUGAUUGACUAUGGUGGCGUUUGUGUUCCUUAUCCUAUCGUGUUCCUUUAUAAAUAGAUGUGGCAAUUGAGAGGUAAUUUGCAAUCAUGAGCUGCUAAUAUGCUCUAAAAUGAGGCACAGGCAAAGCAUCAACUUUGUUGAAAAAAAAUAUGAAAUUGAUGUGUCUAAAACUUUCCCUUUCAACACGUACCCUGGUGGAUCUUCUUUAAGAAAUGCUAGGCCUUUUGUGGGGUAGUUUGAAUUACCAACCUGCUAAAAGGCUCCAGAAUGGAACACAGACCCAUCAAAAUAGAUUGGCAGUGAAAUGGCUGCGUAAAAAGUGUCAUAAUUACCCUUCGAUAAAGCCUCUGAUGUGAGUGUGUGUGUGUGCAUAAUAAUUUAUUAAUAAUUAUACACACACUUUUGCGUGGCAAUUUUGUUUUAUGUGAUGGCUAUUAAGUUUACUAGACAAACAUACCAGCUUAUAAAAUUGUUUCACAUUGAAAAUUUUUUUUUUUUACGCUUUGUAUUUUGUAACCUGUAACUAUUAACAAUUGUAUAUAAUAUGUGUUGUUGCAAUAUAUGAGAAAAAUGCAAACUGCAGUUCAACACAAACAAUACAAAAAAAUAAAAAAGCAAAAAUAGCUUGUGUCCUUAAGUGCAAGACAGGCUUGUGAAGUGUUGUCCUUAAGGGGUUAAUUCAGACCACGGGAAGGAAAGUUGGAUGAGAUAAGAAUGGGUAGACUUGGUGUAGGAAGAUAACAUUUCACUGAUCAUUUCUCAAAAGAAGUGAGAUUUGGGGGAUUUUUUUUUUUUUUUUUUUAAAUGUCUGGAAACCCUGGGGAAUUCUGAGAGAAUGGGGUUUAGUAUUUCCUACGAAUAGUGCCGCUCCAGAGAGAUACGGAAAGAGUGGAAGGUGUGGGUCAGUGCAGGGACAGGUAAACAUUCUAUAUAUUGCGCUUGAGAUUCUACACCAAGGUGGUCGCUGUGAUUUGAGUGGCAACGGGUGAUUCUGCCCAUCCAUAAAGGCCUUGUGUGGCAUACAGCAAAACAGAUAGGUUUGUUUUGGAAUUAAUGGCGAAGUAGCAAAUUUCAGGCCAAUGCAUCUGUUGCCCAGAUGGAAAAAUAGACUAGUUUGUGAAAAAUAUACAUAUUUCGGUUACCAUGGCCUAAAAUAUGCAUUUCUAAAAUGUACUUAUUAUUUUUACAUUUCUCUUUUUUUAAAUUUUCAGUUUGACUAACCCCACAUUACUUUGCAUUUGGCAUGUGUGAGUUUGAGCCAGUGGAAGCCAUUUUGUAAAAAUUAUUUGGUGGGGGGGGGGGUUAAUAUAUUUUGUCUCUUUAAGAGUUUGAUUUCUUGGCAUCUACUGUACAUCAAUAAGUUUAUUUUAACUAACUCUUUAUACGUUUAGUUUAAAUAGUGGUUUGGCUUAGACAAUGUGUAGAUGAGCACGUGGCAUAGCCGCAACAGAAAAAAAAUCUUCAAGAGAAGUCUAAAAAUAUCACUUGUAAUUCAUUUUAUAUGGUUUUUAGUUAGUGCUAAAUUUAUGCUUAUAACUAUAAAUUUGUGUGAGGUUAAAUGCAAUUUGGUGGCUAAAUGGUGCUAUCCACAGACAGGUGCGGAGUCUCAUAAGGUGACCAGCAGGCCAGAACAAGUGCUCACAAACUGGUCCCUCCUGAUGAGACCACAUUUCCUGAUCGGAGACAGACCCAGGAUUAUAUCAUGUGUCCUACACGCACCAUCUUCAAAUCGCUAGUGUUCCUACUGUGUGGCUCUUAGAGAUGAGUCAUGUUCCUCUGAUAACAGUUUUGUUUUUUAUUAUGCGCUCCCUCUCUUUCUGUCUGUGAAUAUACUGCCACCAGCUGGUCGUGGCACGCAUGCAACAACAUCAGAAAUUGUAUCAGAGGUUUCUAUAUUCUGGUUUGUUUAGUAGUCGAACUGAUUUAGAUAUUACAGACCACACACCAGUUUAGAUUCUUUAGUGACUGACAUAUUGUCUUAUCGCUCCUUAAUAGUCUGAAUUUUGUUUAUUUGCAUUAUUGCUUCUUUUUUAACAUUAUACUGUUUCUUGUUGCUACCAGUUCGAUAACAUUGUUAGAAUGUCUCUGAGUUUAUACAGGGCAUAAGUAGGGAACUGCUUAGGGCAUAAUUUAAGGUUUCUUGUUCUCCAAAUGUAAUAUAUGUUGGGUAAUAAUUUUAUAUUGCAUGCAAUUCUGAACGUCAAACUACUGGAUUCCUUGGGAAAGUGCAAAAGAUAUUUAGAUGUGUGUUUUCUGCAAUGAUUUAAUAGAUUUUGACACCAGAGGUGAGCUGUGAUUACCCUCUACAAGGCCAAUGACAUUUCACUGAUUGAACUUUCUGUAGUCUUCAUGUCCAUAAAUUGGAAAGAUCAGACACUGGCAAUGUUUAAUGCAAACACGGAGAUUAAAAUAGAAAGAAUAUCUGAGUCAUCUCACCCAUUAAUACUGGUAGCAUCCAUCUCUCCUUUGUUCUCACCUAAUGGCUUUCUCUUCUUUCCCCAAUCCCCUUUAACUGCCAUCCAUGUACCUUUUUACCCCCUCCCCCUUUUUCUGAACUCAUUCACUCUUCCGGUUUCCAUUAUUUUUUCUGUGUCUUACCUUCCAUUCUAUAGAAUUUGUUGCAAGGUCUUACCGUUUGAGCCUAAUUUUGUCUGUUAUGCAGAAACCUUUGUGGAUUUCUACAUUGAAAGCAUACUCAGGGUGCCAAGUGCUUUCUAUAUUAGUAAUGUAACAUUGUAAAUCUAAACCAUAGAAGGCCUGUAUAAUGAAGCAUAUCUAAUGGCAUUAAUAAUAUUUACGUGUUCUUAAGGUCAGCACCAUUCACCCUACUAAAUUUCUGCAUUGUGAGGAUGGGAAUCUGGAUAUUCUUUUGCGCAUAUCUGUAAUCUCUCCUGUUUGUAUGUCAGGUAGAAGAGGAAAUCCUCACACUACGCCAGGUUCUCUCUGCUAAGGAACGUCAUGCCGCAGAAAUCAAGAGAAAGCUGGGACAGACUCCUCUUAACCAGCUCAAGAUGAACCUUUCCAAGAGCCUGCAAGAAGUUCAAAUGUCUAAUGCGUGAGUUACCCCCCUAGACCUAACGGAUAUAGUGGUGCCAUUCUCUCCACACAAAAGUCCAUGUUAGAUGACAAUGUUACCAUCACUACCAUGCCAACAAUAGUUAUACCAUGGCAUAGUUGUCAACAGAUCAAUCCCAGCGAGCAAAAUCUUGCUACAUGUACCACCUGAUCAUCUCCUUUAACCCCAACUUCCAUCUGUAGUGAAAAUCAAUUUUUAUGUAGUGACUCAUAAGACUGGUUUGGUCCUUUUUUUUCCUGGAUGUCUUUUCCCAGUUAAAAGCACCGUGUUAAAUUGCUUUCUGCUGCAGUUAACCCCAUAACUGGCCUCAUCCAAAAGAAAAGUCCUUUCCAGAUUAGGUCCCUCACUUCCUGCCAGAACUUCACCACCUUGGGACAUGACCAUAACAAAUGGAGAAUUUUAACCACACAGCCCCAACAUUGAUUGUGGUGAUAACUUCAACUCUGUAGAGCUUGACUGGUGAGAUAUGCCAUCCUAGUAAUUCAUAUGAAUUGUUUCUGCAAAGCCACACAAAAAGAUAUUCAUAGUGUACGUUUAUUGGGCUAUCUCAGGGUGCUAGAGAGCUGUUAUUCUACGACAGAUUGCGUUUUGGAGAAGGCUGUCCUCAACACAUGUCCCUUUUUGUUUUCAGUUAUGUAAAAACCUCAGAGAAAAUUGGAGAAUGGAACGAGAAAGUGACCCAGUCUGAUGUGUGAGUCAUGGUCAUACCAAUGCUGCCUACUAACUGAGGGGCGGGGGUUGUCUGUGAGGAUGUGGUGUAACUUAAGCCAUGGAUAAACUUGGAGACUUUAGGAAUGUGGUUGCAUGUGAGAUACAUACUCAUUACGAAAAAGGGACACUACAGGCACCCAGACCACUUCAGCUCAUUGAUGUGGUCUGGGUUCAUAGUCCUGGGUCCCUUAGCCCUGCAUUGGUAAUUAUUACAGUUUUUGUUAAACUGCAAUAAUUACAUUGCCAGGUUAACUCCACCUCUUGUGGCUUUCUACCAGACUUUUAGCCACCUAACUGACGCUGGAUGUCCUCACGUUUAUGUAUGAGGACAUCUAGAAUCACCCAAAACCCUAUGGGGGAAGUACUAAUGCAAGCGAGUAUUGGGUCUCCCCCGCCGGCUGAAGUCGGCAGAAUAGGAGCAGAGGUGGAGCCUAAAUGGAGUCAAGUAAGUGAUGGAGGGGUUUUUAACCACUUUUGCACCACAGAGGGGGAGUGGGGCACUAUAGAGAGCUAUAGUGCCAGGAAAACAGCUUUGUUUUCCUGGCACUAUAGUUUCCCUUUAAAGAUCCAGACCAUUAAUGGCUAGUCAUGGCACCGAAGAAUUUGUUCAACUACAAUUUCUAUGGGGCUCAGAAAUCUCUAUCAAUCUUAAAUUGCUAUUUUUCCAGAACCCCCUCUCCCUUUAUAAAGUGGUAGUGCAAAAUAGAGAUGGAUCGAUUAUCUGUCCCGCUGAUAUUGGGCAUAUUUCUGAUUAUCAGGAUCGGCCUUGUAAUUUACUGAUAUUUCUGAUAGAUGGCAGUCACCACAUGCCAUCUUCCACAUCAAGAAAUUCCAGCUGCUAGCCAAUCAAGCGUCACAUUGUGACCUCAUGUCACCGCUCCCUGUGAGCCCUGGCAUACGGAGCUUAGCUGAAGUCAGAGAGGUGGGACUGUGAAUAAUAUACUGUAACGUACUGGGCUGGAAGACUGAUAGGAGAAUGACUGCUGUCAGCAUUCACACUCAUACCCGUAACAGCACUAUACAUGCUGGGAUUUUUGUGAUUCCCACAUUUACUGGCUGCCUGAGAAUGACCGGGGUGUGAUUACAUGAAGCAAUCACACUCUUAUCGGUGACAGCACUGUACAUGCUGGUAUCUCUGUGAUUUACCACAUUUACUGGCUGCCUGAGAAUGACCAGGGUGUUAUUGCUGCCAGCAUGUUCUGUUAAUAUCAGAUUUAUGUACAAUUGUUUUGUUUUAAAAAAAAGUUAAAUGUAGAGAAUAUAGACACCGGUUGCCCCGAAAAGGUGACCGAUAAUCUGUAUCGGCUGUGGAAUUGAAUCAGUCGAACAUUCCAAAUCUGUAAGUAAAAUAUAACCAAAGCAAAACCACAGACAGGGAGGAGAGGGCUGUUGGGAAGCGUGUGUGUGUGUGUGACUAUAGGGCAGGGUUUUGUAUAUUGUAGAUAGCCGCUUUGGGAGUGGCAUAUUUAAGGAAUGCGUGGUAUUAUUGUGGUUUGUUUGCAGGGUGCAGUGAGUGGGCAUGCUUUGCAGGGGGUGGGGGUUGUUUAGAAGGUGUGGACUUGGCUUUGUUUAUACACACACAAUCCACCAUUCUCUCUUUUCUGCCUCUCAGCCUACUCCUGUCCUAGCUUCCCAUUACUCUAAACUCAUACUAACAUAACUGCUGCUAGACUUGUUCUGCCUGUUUAACCUGAAUGCAAUGAAAUAUCUGUAUAAAAUAUACAGUUCGUAUUCACUCCUCGCUUAUUUUGGAUAUUUUAACACUCUUUUCUCUGCAGUCUGUAUGCCUGUUUUUCUGCAGUGUCUGUUUUCAUUUUAUGUUUCCUAUUUCUGUGCUGUCAGUAUUUCUUUAAUCCUGUGUUGUCAGUCCAAGAACAGCCCUGUGUGCCUUUAUAUUUGUGUUCCUCUGUCCUUUUUAUGUUGUGUGUACCAUGACUCACGUGUGCAGUCUUUAUGCUCUUUUAUGCCUGUAUUCUUUGUGCAUGUUCUCUUUCUGUUUGUGUCCCUAUGUCCACCUGCAAUGCACGUCACUUUAAGUUUAUGCCCCUAGGUUCUUUGUGUUUGAUUCGUUGAUUGUCUGUCCGGGUGCAGUCUGUAUGUCCCUCUUUGAACAUGUGGAGUAUGUUCCUUUUAAUUGUGUGUAUCUCUCUCCAUCCAAGUGGAAGCUGUAUGUCUCUGCUCACAGUGUGCAUUUCUCCACAUUAUGUGUAUAUGUUCAUAUUUCUUUCCUAGCUAUAAGAAGACACAGGAGACUCUGACACAGGCUGGUCAGAAAACAUCUGCUGCACUAUCCAACGUGGGAACUGCCAUCACACGGAGACUGGGUGACAUGAGGUAAGAUGUGGUGAUCCCUUUACUUACUGAACAUGGUACUGACUUCUACUGUGCUAAGUAGAUAUCUGUGUGGGCUGUUAACAGUGUUAGAAUCUCAAUAAUUUAUUUUAUAGAAACAUUCAGUAGCCAUCUGCCUCAUUUUACUGUAUGUGCAGGCCAUUAAAUAGUACUUUGUUCAACCUUGGUCCGCUCGUUUUCCUAAAGUAACCACCCAAACCUGUUUCACUGGUUUAUAUGCUGCUGCCUCCAUUAUUUCAUCCCAGCUGACGUGGGGCAGGCACAACCUUUACUGAAAGGAACAGUCCAGUGGAAAAGUGUUUAUUUUAUUUAACGAUUUCAUUGGUAUUAAAGGGACACUCCAGGCACCCAGACCACUUCUGCCCAUUGGAGUGGUUUGGGUGCCAACUCACACUACUCUUAACCCUGCAACUGUAAUUAUUGCCACUAGAGGGCACUUCCUUGUCCACAGCACAGAAACUCCGUGCUAGAGCGUCGCUGGACGUCCUCACGCUGUGUGAGGACCUCCAGCGUCACUCAUUUCCCCAUUGGAAAGCAUUUUCAGUGCUUUCCUAUGGGGAGCGCAAAUGCACAUGCGCGUUAGGUCUCCUCGGCCGGUGGGCAGGAUCACUCUCCCACCGGCAGACGCAAUCAGAGGGAGGAGCGGAGGAAGAAUCAGCGACGUGGGACAUUGUCGCUGCCUCUGGUAAGUUACUGAAGGGGUUUUCACCCCUUCAGCAACAGAGGAUUGGGGGGUGGGAGGCAGAGGAGACCUGCAGUGCCAGGAAAACAGAUUGUUUUCCUGGCACUGGAGUUUCCCUUUAACCUAAUGAAAACCUGCAUGCAUUUACUGAUGUAUUUUUUUCAUUUGGGGCAUAUCUAAGGACAGCGAGCAAAAGUUGCAGAUCUCUUGUCUUUCUGUGGCUGUCCAAUCAGACUUCCCAAUGCAGCUCAAUGAGAAGUCUUUGCAAGGCAGGUGCUUUGAGCAAUUGCUGCCUCUUGAGUUUUGCUUCUGAGCUAAACUGCCAGGAAGUAAGUGACUGACAGCCACUGGGGUGUAACAAGAUUCAUUUAUAAAUGUUUGUAUUGAUAUCUGCACUUUGUAAAAUCAAAAAGGACAGUCUUUGCACAUAAAGUACUUCAGCAAGCUAAAAUUCUUAAGGUGUGCGGAGUGUGCCUUUAAACUGUGAUGUAAGAUUUUGCAUGUAAUGACAAUACUUGAAAUUUUCUAUAGAUCAUAUAAUUAUUCGUUAUAAAGGGGGCUGUUUGCAAAUUUAAAACUAAAUAGCAAAAUUUUAGGCUAAUAUAGUAAAGUGGUUACAAGCAGAGAUGGAGGGUUUUUCCAUAUUAGUAUUUAUGGCCUACAUUUUGCAAGUCCGUUUGCUACAAUUCACAGCUUAAUGAAUAAACUCCCAAAGAAUGGGAAGACAGAGGAUGAUUUUAUUAGAUUUCUAUAUGUGAAUGCUGCCUCCUUUUCACUGCAAAUUUGUCAGCACGAGUUAUAGAAAUCCAUCUUUUUCUCACAGACGGUAACAGUGUUGUAUGAUGUCUGCACCUUACACUUUUUGAGGGCAAGUAUUUUUUUCUCAUUUCAUCUCAGGCUGGCAGAUUGUUAGAAGCAGUUCUAUAAAUAUUUUAAUGGGGCAUCCCCAGUACUAUAACUGAGAUGCCCUUUAAACAAUGAAUUUUGUCACUACACUGUAAAAGGUUACUCUAAGAUGCAGUUCUGUAGUUUUUAAACCAGCUUUAGACACAUAAAUAACCGUACAGAGUUGUGCGCGCGCACUUUCCCAGCCAGGCCUCCCGCUUUGCAUAAUACUAACAUGUGUAUUGCUGCGGCGCUCUGCUCUCUCCCUGAUGCACACAGUCUGGUCAUGUCUAGGAUGGCCUUGCUUCCAGCGGAGGCCUUUGGAGGGUAAGCUUCCGCAAGGUGGGUAGCACUCCUGACCACUGCAAGGUGCACUCAUUCAUUAAAUUCCACCAGUUAUCAUCUUAUUGGCGUUUGAUAAAUGUGAGGCUGAAAAUCAAAAGGUACACACAAUUGAAAUAAUUAAAUAAAAAUAAUAUGCAGCCUAUCUCCACCGCCUUGGUGUUUUCCUUUUAAAGGGAAUAGUCUCCCCUACUGGAAGAAAAACAUGGUUAGUUGUCAUUAUCCCACCAUUCCCUGUUAACAAUGAAUAAGAAACAUGGGAGUGAAGAGAUCCCGCCACUAACCUCAUUUAAUCACACAAGUGUUAUGCUUCGUGUGUUUUAAUAAAUACCGUGUUACUAAGGCGCUGCCUAAUGCCUAUGUAUUGCCAUGAGCUUAGAGACCAGGAUUUGCCGAUCAGAUGCCAGGGAAAAUGCUCCAAGUGAGGAACGUUAAGUCUUUGUGUUUAAUUGUAAAAGGAGCAGAACAUGUGCAGUGAGACAUUGAGGCAAAAUGUAGUGUUCAGUGCCAUGUCUGGUUUCAAUGCUUACUCCAGUAAGUAUUAAAUAAAUCGUUGAUACUUGUACGCAGGAUUAGGGAGUGUUGGCCGGAUCAUGUUCGUUUGGCGCACACCAUCCAUAGAAUUGUUUUUUUUUAAAUGCUGUCUGUGACUUUAUUCACUGCAAGUUAUUAACUUUAGUUCCAUGAACCGAAUAACCCUCCCCAGUGUAAAAUGCUGCUGUUAGUACUUUAGGUAGCUGUCAGUAAGAUGAUUUAUACAAAGUCUGCUGGUCCUAGCAGCAGGGCAGUAGUAUCAUUGGUGGUCAGGAGUAAUUAUCCUUGUGGUGAGGAGUGUCGUGUUUAGAGAUGCAUGUUGGUGGGGUUGGAGUUGCAGUUUCCUCUGGGAGAUACAGAUUCCUGUACUGAUUCUUGUGUGUCCCUCCUUUCCUCCUGCUUGCAGGGCUCUCCCUUUCUCUCAGUCUUUUAGGUAAGAGGUUCCAGUUCGCUUAUCCUUUCCGUUCUCCCCCACAUUACAUAAUCACUUUCUUUCCAGGGUGCUGUAUGUCUACUAAGGGGCAGCUCGAUCCAGGAAACAAGAUAUCGAUGGGGUGUAUUUACUAAACGUUAAGCUGUGGCGAGCUGACAAGAGGGAGAAAUUGAGGAAUCAUUUUUUUCUUCUAACUCUAUUUCAGACAGCCCUGCAUCUAUAUUGUCAGCUCGCCACAACUGACUUUUUUAGUGUAUUGUCUUUACUCUGUGUCCUUCCUUCAGCUGUCGUUGGACUGAAACUCCCAUAAAUCCGUGCCAGCCCCAAAGUUCCCAAAAAGCAUUCUUUGCCAAAUUACUAUUUCUCAAAUUAGAAUGUAGGAAAGGCUGUUCAAAUAGUUCAGUCAGUAUUAUUCACCACAGUGUAUCUUACAAAUUUUAGGCCAAAAUAGAUACAUUGGAAAAAUUCUCCAUGUGAGCGAUGUUUUUAGUUAAUCUAUUUUGGCCUUAAAUAUAAUAUUCUCUUUGAAUUAGCACUUUAGUAAACUUUUUUUUAUUUGGCCACAUUUUGUGUUUGUAAGUAACUGGCUCAUAGAUAAACACAAGAGGUGUACAGCACUGAACACGUCCGCAGUCGGACCUGGAAUAGAGUUAGCUCAUCUUCUGGAACUGCAGGUUUUAUCGGACUACAUAUCCCAUGAGUCUCACUCUCCUAAAAAGCACGCAAACUUUCCUGUAUUCCUGUAGCUCCCGCCAAAUAUUACAUAUGUAUAGGCCUCUAUAAUAGUCUGCUGGUUCAUUUAUAGACUAUUACCUACGAAUUUAUAGAUGUACUAUUUCUUUAAUGUGCUGUGUACACCCCAGAGUAACUGGAUAAUUAGUUAAACGCUGUAUAUAUUCCCAUCACUAAGAGUUUUGAGUAACACGGCUGCUUUUCGUUGGGCACAUGGCUUAAUCUCCUAGUGCUUGUCAUGUGACUUUUACUUCCGAGUAUCAUGUGACUUGCUGAACCAGCAGUUUGAUAUAUGAUGUAAUCUGCCCUGACAGUCUCGAUAAUUGCGCAAAGUAAAUUCCUCCUUAUACAUGUUAAAGCAUACAAACACAUCCUUACCAUGUGAACGUCUGUCCAAUGAUUCUCUGUCCUGUUUGUGGUUCUGUUUCUCUUACCUUGUUGUGUACAAUGGUUUCUGCACUGUACAAUAUUUGCCCAGCUGUCUCUGUUCUUCAAUGCCUGAUCCUGUGAAUUGUGUUAAGCUUUUUAAUGUGUUGAUGUGUAAGGUACCUGCUAAUCUGUGUCUAAUUCCGUCCCUGGCACCAAGUAGCCAGUUCUGUGAAAUAAUUUCGUAAAGAGUGUGUGGAGUUAGCGGAUCCCGCUGCAGAUUUCAAUUUGUUUGAUCCUGCAGGCUGUCUGUGCUCAGAGAUUAGCCCGGCUUGCUCUGUGAAUUGGCUGUCCCUUGUAAAUUCUCAGCUGGAGCUCACAGAUCCUGGCUGCUUGGUCCCUCUUGCUUGUAAUUUUGUUAUGGGUGUUUCUGUGGUUUCUAACUCUGCCUUUUUGCUCCCCAUGCCUUCCGAGUAGCGGUUACUCCAUCCGUCACUCCAUAAGCAUGCCGGCCAUGAGGUAAUGUAUAGCCCCCAUCCAAUGGUUCUCUAGAUUUGGGUUGGGGGGGGUUAGGUCUCCCCACCACUGGGGAGAUGCGUUAAAGAUACCAGUAGUUAAAGCUUCUUCAACAAUUCCCAUGUUAUUUUACAGAGCCUGUUUAUCAAGGAGGCAGAAUGUAGUCUACUUUAGCGCAUCAGCUGUGUAGAAUUUGAGAUGUAGAGGAUUAAUUUUCCCCAUUCUACCCAAAGUGUACAGUGGUUUACCUAUUGCUCAGCUUAGGAGUCCUGGUUCUUUAAUGAGUGAUACAAGUUUGUGCUACAUCGUCUACAGCUGUUCUAGCUAGAUGUGAUGUGUGUCCAAGGCCAGGAUUGGUUGUAUUGUUAUCAUUUUUUUUUUUUUUUUUUUAUUAUUAUUAUUAUUAUAUAUAUACUGUGUUCUAUGAUAACCCAUCUCCUGAAGCUCACUUUGUAAAGCCUGUUAAAUGGGGAGAAGUUGGUUGCUGGACAGGGUCAUCCAAUUAUUGUUUGCACAUCAACCAUAAAACUAUUUAUUUUUUAUUAUAGGAAUUCAACAACUUUUAAAUCUUUUGAGGAACGCGUCGGGAGUAUGAAGGUAACUUUGGCCAUAUCACCAUCCCCUUUGUAUCACACUAAAAAUAACCAGGGUUUCUAAUUGGCUUAAUUGGGAAUUGUGCUGUGUGUCUGUGUAAUGAUGACACUGAUCACUGCUUAUUAAGUGAAAAGUCUAAUGAUUAUUUGUGAAGCUAUAAAUCUUCCAGGCAUAUUGUUUCUGCCUUUUCAUUGCGACCAACUUGUAUGUUUGUUUAUUUUAUUUUAUUUUUUUUAUUUGCAGACCAGGGUAUCUACUGGCAGAGAAGAAAACGGCAGCGCUAAUUUGCACUCUUCAGACAGCAAGUCACAGGACACCGCUCCAUUCUAGGCCUCUCCUGACCUCCUCACUUUGUUUACCCUUCAUAACCUGUAGUGCACUCAUCUCACAGCUCAGUGGCUGGCAAGGGAAUUAAAUAAAGACACUAAAAUCUCGCCCCACUUCCCACCAGUCAUAUGCUGUGUCUCCCCUCCCAAAAUCUGUACAUUCCCCCUUAUUUCGUACAUAAUAGCCUGGCCCUGCUCUCCUUCACAAGUACAGGGAAUGUCAAGCAGAUUGCUUCAGUUACACAAUUCUGCCUACCUCUGCUUUGGAAGUGGGAGAUUUCAUUUUUGUCUGUUUCUGCCAGGUGUAGGGAAUUGUUGGUGGUGGGAUUGUUGCAUUAUCAGGUUUAGGCUCAACUGGUUUGGUGUUGGAAAAUUAUUUUAAGCCCUUAGUCCAGGGGUGUCCCAAAGUUAGAUCCCCAGAUGUUGAGUUUAAAUUCCCGUCUUGCUUUGCCAACCUUUAGAAUGGAAAAGUAUCAAGGAGCUUGUAUUUCUAGAACAUUUGGUGAUCCACCUUUUGGGAACCCCAGAUAGUCUGUGUAAUAAAAGAAUAUUCUGUUAUAUGCAAUGUAUCAAGGAGACUGCAUAUUCCUAAUUUUAAGGGGAGUUUGUCACAAAAUAGAGCUAAUUGGGGAUGCAAAGCUUGAAAUUUGAAACAACCUUUAAAUUACGCAAUGUAAAUACGAUUAAUCCUGCUAGAUUAAAGGAUGCUUUUUUUCAUAUAUGCGAACAGAAGUCCCAAUAUAUGUUCAUUUUUUAAUUUAUUUUUUUUCCCCUCUCGCAUUUUAGGAUUUUGUUAAUAUAGGGAUCAUUCUCUGUAUACACGCCUUCACGGAAAGGGGUUUACACUGGCACUGCUUCCUGUUGCAGGCUGGUGCCCAGGAAGUGCUUUUUCUGGAGAGGCUAGAUUGUAAAUUCUUCUUCACCCAGACAAACAGCAGUGUAAUUAUGAAGUGAGUUGUUGUGUAACUUUUUCACAUAUAUUUGGAGAAAGUAGAGCAUUUCCUUUUAUGAUAGAAUGCACUUAUUGUUGAAGGUCUCUGUCUGGGAAGAAGACUCAUUUUUAUUUCAGCAGUUGUAAACUGUAAAAGAAACACCAGGACUCCCCAAACCAACUGAAAUAAGUGCAGCGGACCUCAGUCCCACAGAAAUGUCCAGUAAUUCUGAUUUAGAAAAGAUGUUCCAGUGCACUUUCAUUCAAUAAUCCACGGAUUUUAAUUGAAACUAUCCCUCACACCAGCAGCCUUUUGGUUCUACACUGAGCCUUUGUCAGGCCAUGUCGGUGUAGAUCUGAAACUUUACUGAUGUGUGGGAUGGCUUCAAUUUAAAUCUACUGAAUUAAGUUGUGCUAGACCAUAUUUUCUCAAUCUAGCAUUUGUCAAACCGCAUUAAGUACAUUUUUAAUUGGCAGUGAUCUAUUUCCCCCCCAAUACUGGCACCCAUUAAUGCACAGAUUUGCACAGUUCUAUCAUCUAAUUCCCUGUGGUCAUACCCUAUUUCUAAAUCGUUGUUUGAUCUGAACAGUCCAAUUACCAAGUCAUUUACCGACUCUUCAUCAUUAAUAUCCAGAACUUGAUAACCACCUAAACAGUGUUUGCAGAUUGUUUCACAGACACUAAUGUAAAAUGUCCCUAAUUAUGCUAUCAGCAAGUUCAAUAUUUGUAUUUAUGUAAAAAAAAAAUGUUCCCCUCCUCUUUCUUGAUCCAUGCAGCUGCAAAAUAUUACAAUACUACAAAGUUGUAUUCCUAACAAUAUAGAGCUUUCAGGUCCUCCCCUCCCUCCCAGCAUGUAAAGGGUUUUUAAAAAAAAAAAAAAAAAAAAAAACCUUUAGUCACUUACUGCUCUGCCUCAUCCUCGAGUUCAUUAGGCCCUCCCUAUAGGAAAGCAUUGCCUCAAUGGUUUCCUAUGGGGAUUUCUCAGACUCUGGAUGCGUGAGGACGUCCAGCGUCAUUUACAAGACCUGCAUCCCUUUGCAUCCAGGAAGAGCCUCUAGUGGCUGUCUGAUUAACAGCCAUUAGAGGCGGUCUUAGUCCUGCUAGGUAAUCAUUGCAGUUUCUCUAAACUGCAAUGAUUUACAUUGCAGGGCUAAGUGGGACAGGGACGCUGCACCCAGUCCACUUCAAUGCGAUGAAGCAGUGUGGGUGACUAUAUAGUGUCCCUUUAUUAUUUAAAUUGAUACAUUUACUUUGGUGCCAUCAUAGUAUGCCACUGUACUAGUAAAAUUGAUAACUUGUGUAUAGGGCAGAAAAAAGCAAGCAAUUUAUAAUUCGGUUUCACUUGAAGUUCUGUUGCAACAACAUAAAGAUCUUUUAUUUAUGAUUUCCUCUGUAAACACUGUUUAGCUGACAAUCCCUAUUCCUGGCUUAAGAAACAGAAAUUAGAAAAUUCCUUUAUCAUUGUGAAUUGCGUUUUAUUUCUCCUUUAGCGCUACGCUUUUUAGAGGCAUUACACCAGACUCCCAUAAUCCUGGGCAUUUUCUGCGGUCCAAGGCUUAAGACCAGUGAAAUAAAGUUUUGUCGUCGUGAAAACACUAUAUAAAACGAGUCUUACGACUCUGCUGCAAAUACUAAGAAAUCCGCGAUCUGAGCUUUAAAUUCAUGUUUCUCUUUCCCAGCUUAUUUGUGUGUGUGUGUUUACUCCUUCAGUGGAGCGCAUGUUUUGUUUGUUUUUAUAAAUUCUCCGUAAUAUUUUUGCGCACUUAGUUCCCGCUGAAAAUAGAGAAUGUUUGGGUGUCCUAGCAGGAAACAAAAGUGCAUUCUGCAUUUUUUAAUAGUACACAUAGUCUGUAUCUCUGUUCUACCUGAAUUGCUGCACUGCAAACCAUGUGGCUGCUUACGUGGCCUUCUUAGCUCUGAGUAAUGGAAGGGGAGAUUAAAUCCAUAUAACCAUACAUUAUGCAUCAUAGUAAAUAUGGCUUGAAAAGCCCUCUUUAUUUCAUCCGCUACCUAUAUCCCUUCGUACUGGUGCUUGUUAAUGCUUAUGGACCAGUCGUUCAAUCUGUUUACGGUGUAGAUUUAGGAAAUGUAUAAUGCUUUGUGCUAGUAGUGUAUAGAUUAGGAACACUCACCCUGAAGUGUGCCUGUUAUAGCUAUUGACUGCUUGUCUCAGGUACAGAGGGAUACAGUAAAAAUAUAAAUAUCAGAAUUGGUUCCGCCCUCUUAAUGGAAUGGUCCAGUGAUGGUAAAACAUUUCCACUCUUUUAAGACAUUUGUGAACUUAAUUCACGUGAGACUCAGCCAUCCAUUAGGGCAGCAAAGCAUCAUGGGAAAUGAACUUUGACGGCUCUUAAACCCUCGUAAGCACAUAAUCCAUUUAUACCUGUUACCCAGAAGGUGGUGGGAUUUACAGCAGGUUGUGUGGUGCAUGUCAGUAAGGGAUAAUAUAGGUUGGAUGAGGGGGUGGUAGUGCUGGGCAGGCUGUGGGUGACGUUUCCCCUCCAAAAGCUGGAAAUAUAAUUAAUUUGCAUAUUCGGUUACAUUAUAAUGCAAACAUACACUUCUCACUCCCCUUUAAGAAUAUAUAUAUAUAUAUAUAUAUAUAUAUAUAUAUAUAUAUACUUAAUCUAAACAUAUUGAACUAAUAGCACAAAGUACAGAUUUUCUAUAUUUCUACCGUAAACACUGGUUCGAUCUAAGCAGGAAAGGCAAGAAAGCUGCUUAAACAGGAGUUAGAACGCAGUAGCUCAUGCCGUUGUUGACUGUAGUUUCUGCUGCGGUUAACAGAACGCGCAGCGCCUAUUCCCACGCACUACCUGCCUGCUGAGUAUCCAUCGCCUUCAUUUAUCAUCUAACAUCCUUAUUCAUAGCUGUGUUACCAAUCGAUCACUGUGCAACAUAUUACCAAAGCAUUCAGAUUGUGAAGCUAUCUUUCUCACUGAAGGCUGCAAAAACCCAAGACAAGGUCUUUAAUAUCUGCUUGGCAAAGUCAAUGCGAUUGUUUAUACAACGGUGGCCAAGCUUGGCACCCAGAUCGCUGUCAACUGCGUUUUCCUAACCGCUUGCUCAGCAUCAUGGGAAAUGUAGUUGACAAACCUCUAGGACGUCAAGGUUAGAGAUCGUCCAUCUAGACCUGUGGGUUAUCUUUGUAUAAUUAGAUUGUAGCAUGUACUCUGAUAUAUAUAUUUGUACUCUGUACCGCUAAUGCCGCUGUGGGUGGAGAGUGGUAAAAGCUGUCAAUCUCCCCCAACAAGUUACUGGUUGAUACAAAAUUAUGUCAAUAAAGCAUUUAAUAGGAAAACAAGUCUUUUUUUAUUUAUUUAUUUUCAAUAGUACAGUACUGUGAAAUGAGCAGUCGGCGCACAUGUGCAAAG